AGUCAAUGUGUACGCCAAGUAGCUAUAAUUUACUGUGAGCUUCAAGAGAAGUGUUGCGACUUUAUUCACAGGAACCAGGACCUAAUUUCUGGGAACAGGAAAACCAAAACAUCCAACAGGAUGAGAAACCAUUACCCUGAAGCACCCACCCAUCUAGAUCAGUGCCACAGCCCAGCCCUGAUAUCCCUUCCACCUCAAUACAUCCAUGACCACACUCCGAGGCUGGAAGGACAGGUUGGCAAGGUCCAGAAGUACAAGCAGUGUACAGUACAUGUCCCCCGCUGAGACCUUGACUCGAUUCACAUUUCCAUAGAUGGAUAUUUUGGGUAUAUAUGGACCGAUUUAAUCGAAAAAAAGACCCAAUAGUGAUGUUUAUGGGACAUAUAGGAGUGCCAACAAAGAAGCUCGUCCAAGGUCCCAGAAGAAUGUUGAAGAGUAAAACGUGGCAGUUGACAGCCAUAUUAAUGCUUAUAUCUGAUUGGAGUCAGUGCAUCAAGUCACAACAAUUUACAGUGGAUCCUCCUGAGAACAUUGGGAUUGAUGACCCUGGCCACCUCGGGCCGCUCUACAUCCACUGGACGGCUCCAGCCAGCCUGACCAACUUGACUGCCUGCUCCAUGAGAUACCAUCUGGAGUACUUCAACACAUAUCAGAGCAGAUGGACUGUGAUCAGGACUGUACGGACAUGGUACCGUGCUCAGUUUGACCUGGAGAAGGAGGUCAGGGUGCGGAUUUCCACCUUACUGAAGGGAGGCUGCACCAACGGCACUGAGCUCAAGAGCCCCUUCACAGAGAUGGUUCUGCCACCCAAUAACACAGGCCCAGUUGGCUCCAGGGUCCAGGGGUUUGGUUGCGUGUUUUAUCAGAAGGAGUUCAUGGAGUGCACCUGGGAGACGGGCUUGGAGGAGCCAACCCAAUCCCAGUACAGCCUGUACUUUUGGCAUCGGGAGAUGGAGCAAGCUGAGGAGUGUCCUCAGUACAUCCACUCCAAUGGGGUCAGGACUGGCUGCAAAUUCACAGAGGAAUCUCUCUCAGAAUUCAGUGAUUUCAACAUAUGCAUAAACAGCUCCUCUCCCAAGGUGGUCUUGAGGUUGGCGUUCUUCUCCCUGCAAAUUCAGAAUUAUGUGAAACCUGCAGCCAUUGAGACAGUGCAUCUGGAAGCUAGUCCAGACAGGAGGCUCCAGGUGCAGUGGGACUUGCCCAACGAGAGGAUUCCCAGGCACUGCCUUGAGUAUGAAGUGGAAGCCAGAGAGGAGGGCGUAGGCGGGCAGCGAUUGUUGCAGAGGAACGUAACCAAUGAGAUGACGCUGACUUCCCUCUCAAUGGAUGGUGCCCGGAGGAAGUGCUUCCGGGUCAGGUCUAGGAUGCACCACUACUGUGCUGACAGAGGCUUCUGGAGUGACUGGAGCCAUUGGUCCUGUCACUCAGAUACAGAGUCAGAUGCUGUGGUGGGCUGUGCCGUGGUCAUCGGGAUCAUCAUCUCUAUGUUGAUCCUGUCUCUGUUUGGGUGGGCACUAUGGAGAAAGUGGAAAGCCAGAGAGGGGGAAAUUAUCACUUUCGGUCCCCUGCACAAACUGAUGGAAUAUUCCAAAGGACUCUCUGCUCGCAGUCAUUUCAAUAAAAGAAGAGAGAACCAGUAGUAUAGCCUUUGCAAGCAUUACCUUUGAGCAGACAAAUGAUAAAGAGAUCAGAGUUAGACUGGUGUUCACACUUAUUUGAAGCACCUGUGCAAACAUGCUCAAACACACCCAAGCGCACACCCAUGCACAGACACAACAUGAGGAUGAGACAGUUAAGCUCUGUGUAAUUUCAUAUUCAAGACAGAAUUGUAUGGACUUGUAUGCUGAUAUUCAUCUCUUAAGGAUCGAUAUGUAACUCAGUAGAAUAGGAAGUGUUCUUACCAAACCAUUUACGUAAUGUGAAACUCCCGGUUUUAUGUUACACAGUAUAGACUUAAGAAAUGCCAUAGCUCUUUCCGGUUUGUUUACUUUCCACAUUCAUUCAUUUAUAUCACAAAUUAUACUUACUGGAGUCGGUUUUUGUAGUUUUAGUUUGAUGCCAUUGCUUCCAGUCGAAUGUAUCUUUUAAGUGCUUUGCAUAGAAUUCCCCAGCCUGUUAAAAUUGAAUGCAUUGGAUGGUGUUGAACUAAUGUUAUGUUUAAUACAUUUAUUUUUUUGCUGCUCUAUAGCUAUAAAGAUGUGUUGUUUGGUAUUUUGUUUACAGUAUUGUAUUUGCAGUGAUUGGAGUCGUUCCCAGAGGGUUUUUGUCCUGGCAACCACCUGGUGUAAUGGAUCAAUCUUCGGCACUCAGAGGUCUUUUGGAAUCAUACAUAUAUGCUAGUUAAUGCUCAUCAGAACUCAAAUAAUGACAUUUCUACAUUUGCAAUAGGUGAAAGGUCAGUUUUGCUUGGGUAUCUAUUGUUCAGACAAUGCUGUGAGUAGAUGAUCGGUUUUGAUUUGUUCAGACAUUGAUGAGGCAUGAUGCCAGUGGGGCCACUCUGCUUGACACAGAUGAUUGGACAAGCACAAACACACAUGCACAAACACACAAUCAUGUUCAUACUUGCUUCUCCCACAAAAUACCUCAUAACUGUACGGCUGUAUUACCCUAUAAAUAAGAAAUUGGAGGAUCGUCACACCCCUUCUCUCUUCUCUUCUCAACCUGGGUUGGUGCUUUGGCCAUUGGGUAUGAUCUGUCUCUGCCUCCCCCUGGCAGUGGUGUAAAAAGUAUGCAAUUGUCACACUUGAGUAAAAGUAAAGAUACCUUAAUAGAAAAUGACUCAGUGAAAGUCACCCAGUAAAAUACUACUUGAGUAAAAGUCUAAAAGUAUUUGGUUUUAAAUAUUCUUAGGUAUAAAAAGUAAAAGUAUUAAUUAUUUCUAAUUCUGUAUAUUAAGCGAACCAAGCAGCACCAUUUUCUUGUUUCUUUAUUUAUGGAUAGCCAGGUGCACAAUCCUACACUCAGACAUAGUUUACAAACUAAGCAUCUGUGUUUAGUGAGUCUGCCAGAACAGAGGCAGUAGAGAGGACCAGGGAUGUUCUCUUAUAAGUGUGUGAAUUGGACCAAUUUCCUGUCCUGCUAAGCAUUCAAAAUGUAACAAGCACUUUUGGGUGUCAGGGGAAAUGUAUGGAGUAAAAAGUACAUAAUUUUCAUUAGGAAUGUAAACUGUCAAAAAUAUCAAUAGUAAAGUACAAAUACCCCCCCAAUAUACUUAAGUAGUACUUUAACGUAUUGUUUACUUUACACUGCUGCCUCCUGGUCAGCAUGUCCACAGAGCACUUCGACUGCAGGGUGACUUUUUUUGGACAAUUACGAUCACCAUGUAAUUUUAGGAGAAUUCUAGUCUAACCAUAUUUUCUCUCACAAAUUAUUGCACAGAGGAAAACUGGUUAAUCUGCAAAUCCAAGUGAUUUAAUUGUCAUUUAUUUUCAAGAAUUCAAUCAAAUCUAUUCAUACAUUUUUUUACAUUAAUUUGAUGUAAUAAAUACUAAACAUCU